CCAACCACAACCACUGCUGCUCCAACCACACCACUUCAAACCACUACAGCUUCUCCGACCACAAGAACAGCUCCUCAAACCAAAACAACAGCGGCUCCAACCAUAUCAACAGCAGCUCCACCUUCAACAACAGAAACCCCACCUCUACCCACAAUUGUUCCCUCAAAACCCCCCACAAAUGCCCCCACAGAGACAACUACUUUAAAAACUACAACAGAACCUCCUGCUCCAGUGUAUGUUCUUGCAGCAACCAUUAUUGAACCAUAUGAUGCACAACUAGAAAACAAAUCCAGCACAUUGUUUAAAGAUCUUGAGAAAAAAGUCACAGAAACAUAUGACAUGAUCUACAGAAAGAAGUUUGGACUCCUCUUCAUUCGUAGUUUUGUCAUUGCAUUUAGAAGUUCUCAACGAUUUUUUCUACGAAUGAAUAGUACUGAAGCAGAAGUGGGAUUGGAGUUUAAUAAAACUACAUCUGCUGAAAUUCUCCCAAAAAAUGAAGAUGUACAACAAACCUUAGUCGAGGCGAUAAACAGCACUACUUUCAAUGUUACAUUCAUUCCGAGCACCAUUAGUCUAAUAAAAACACCUUUGGCAACCGCUGCUCCCACUACGAAUACUACAACAACUACUACAACUACGCCAACCACCAAUACAACUACUACAACUAAGCCAACCACCACAACAACUACAACUGUGGAGUCAAUAGUGACAAAGCGACUGACUUUUAGGUCUGCGGGAGAGAUAUUUACCAAUGACUUGCUCAUCACAUCAUCUACAGCUUUCAAAAAUCGAGCUGAACUUUUGAAGACCCAUCUUCUACCACUCUAUCAGGCAGCGUUCUCUUCUUUCCGCAGUUUCAUUGUGAUUUCAUUCAGUAAUGGAUCAAUCAUCAACAAUAUUGGCCUUGAAUUUGCAACAGCAUCCCAACCUAGUAACACCCAAAUCAGAGAUGUUUUGGUGAAAGCAAAUUCAACCGUCACAGCUUUCAACAUUGACAUCACUUCAAUUUUUGUGGAUGGCACACAAACGUCAAGUGGAGUAAGCCACACAAUCAGCCUCAUCACUGCAUUCAGCUUGGUCCUGUUGUCAUGGCUUCUUUCAACACAGCAAUAACACUUCUGCUGGUUUCCAGGGGAAAAUCUGCAUGAAAAUGUCAAUUAUUGCUUGUGGGAACAAGAAUGUUGUUCUAAUUCACUUCGAACUUUAAACUUUAAAACAUUCACUGAAACUUGAUAAUUUCCUCAUGUCAAUUUUGUUUUAUUUAUUUAUGAAAAACUAAUUAUUCUGUGUCAUUGAAUUAAUUUAUCAUCUUUAAAAUUAAACAUGAAGGUAUUUCUUGAUGGAUUAUUUAGUUUGGUGAAGAUUUCUCUCUCAAUAAAUACUGUAGGAUUUACCAAAAAUAAGCUGUCUGAGCAACGUCCUGUAUGAUUGUCCAGUUUUUCCUUUCCUUUUAAUUGUAUUUAUAACACAAAGUAUUCUGUAAAGCAUAUACCUGUCAGUUUAAUAAAAAAAUAAUGAAAACACAAUAA